GUUAAUUUGAGUCGGUCGGCUCCCCGGUUGUGUUUCCUCUCACCGUGGAUUGAGGAGGCCACGCGCACGCCAUGCUGAACAUAUCCAUUUUGAGGGUUGAGAGCCCGUCCGGCCUCUGGGGUCGGGUUGUUCAGGGUCCCGGCGGCGACGUCGAGACCACAGACCGGUACGACAGACUGCUGGCUCAGAUGAACCUCUUCUACCACGACCUCACACGGGACAUGCGCGAGCUGAAGCCCACAGCGUUGGCGGUGGGACAGGUGUGUGUGGUGUACUGGUCGGUGAUGAAGUCGUGGUGUCGGGCCGUGGUGGAGUCGAUCAUCGCGGACUCGGUGUCCUGUCAGGCUCGCUGCCUCCUGGUGGACCAAGGAGAGCGACUCAUCGUCCCCUCAGACAAGAUCCGAAUCGCCGUGCCGAGCUUCCUCCAGCUGCCCUUCUGGGUGAGGCGGUUCCACCUGGUGGGAAUCGAACCGACGACCCUUCGGGUGUCCGUCCACGAGGAGAAGGCCAGGCUCAUCCCGUCCACUCAGUGGGACAGCUCCGCCACCCUCUACCUGCACAACCUGCUGCAAGCGUCGACUCGGACUGAGGCCGUGCUGCUCGAAUCCCUGUCGGACUCCACCGCCAUUGAGCUCUACCUGACCGUGGGGAACGUCAAGAUCUGUGUGAAAGACGAUCUGGUGGCCAAGAGGUUUGCCUAUUACAGCGGCGGGCUGGACGAGGCGGACCGAUCCCCCGUCAUGUUGUCCUCCAGCAUCUUGACCCAGAGCGUUGGCUCGACCUCGAUCAAGACGACGGCACAAACGACCCAAACUCCUCCCGCUGUUUCUUUGAGCUUUGGUUCUGCGGAUGGAGCCGGUGAUUGUCCCUCCUCACCUCAGGUCAGCAGCUCCGCUCACUGCGUCGCGGUCAGUUCUCCGGUAAAAACCCCCACACCCUCACCUCUGACCUCUGUGCAACAUGAGCCGGAGGCCUCCGAGGGAGGCAGCGGGUCAAAGGUCACGAACCAGCAGAACGGUUCCGAGAGGCGUGUCGGCGUGAAGAGCUCCUGGACAGUCGACCCGGAGAGACGACUGCAGCCUCCGGCAGCAGCGCAGCACAGGAAGUGUCGGCGGCUGCUAACCGCGUUCUCUGGCUUGGGGUUUGUCAACAGGGCGAGUGGAGAUGGAGGAGCUGCUGAGAGCCGUCUGGCAGAGGAAGAAACCAGUCCGAGUCCGUCGGUGGAUUCGGGACCUGCAGAGAAGACGUGGAGGACCGAAGAGGACUGGGCCUGUUCACGCCUUUUAGAGUGGCUGAACCCGGGGAGCCUGAACCCCGAUCCGGACGCUGCAGACGACCCGGCUGCCCCCAGUGACCCCACUAAGAGUGGGAUACUGGUGCACUCUGCCCUCCCAGUGGAGCCCUGCACCAGCCUGGACGACGCCCCCAUCACGGACGCCCUCCGCUGGGUGCUGAGGAAGAAGCUUUACGCUCCGUCUGCAGCGGACCGCUACAGCUGGCCGUCCGUGGCCCGCGGGUGCAACACCGUCAUCGUGUCCCCCGACGCCGACCGGCCCCUCGGCUACUUCGCCCCGCUCAUCAGCCACAUCCUGCUCAACUCCAUCUUCGCCUCCCUCACCUCCAGCGCGGCGGGGCCCGUGGCGGUGCUGCUGUGCCCCGGCUGGGAGAAGGUCCAGGCGGUGUACGACCUGCUGGAGGAGACGAGCGUCGCCGCGGUCCUUCACCCGGUCAUCGUGCUGAUCGGCGUCGGCAAAGGCGAGGCCGAGGCCGUCAGGAUCCCCAAGAACUGCCUGCUGUUGGUGACCACUCCCUUCAGUCUGGUCCGUCUGCUGGCGUGCCACUGCUUCCUGUUCCUGCGUAUCUACCACCUCGUGCUGGACGAGGCCGACCAGCUCUUCACGCUCGCUCCGGAUCAGAUGGCCACCAUUUUGCAGCAUUUCCAGAAGGUGACCUCCAGCGAGGAGAUGGCUUCCUGUCCUCAGCAGCUGGUCGCCGUGGCGAAAAGAUGGACCGGUCACAUGGAGGGCCUGGUAGCCAAUCACAUGCCGUGCCCUUGCGUCGUCGUGGCCGUCCCCGAGGAAGCUGCUCUCUACGGUAACGUCCAGCAGAUCAUCCUCAUGACUCUAGAGAGCAGCAAGGCCGCGGUGAUGCUGAGCGCGUUGGACUUCAACCCCGACGUCGGCCUGAAGACUCUGAUCGUAGCCAACUCUGCUGCGGAGGUUGAAGACGUGUUCAAGGUCGUGAGCAACAAAUCGGCGUUCUGCCUCAAGACCCACGAGGGGUUAACGCACCAGUUUGACUUCGUCGUCCAGCAGUGGAGGAAAGGCAUCGGCCCCGGCACGCACAUUAUUCUGGUGACCACCAGCCAGUGCCUGAUGUGCCUGGGAGUCCGAGAUGCGACCUGCGUCGUCCACUACGGCUUCCCCCCGACCCCCAAACAGUUCGGCGUGCGGCUCUCCUGCAUGGCCGAGAGCUUCAGAAACCUCUCAGCGCGAGUUCCCCCCGAGGACCCGACGGGGAGCCUCCCUCGUCUCACCAGGUCGGUGCUGCUGAUCUCCGAGAGGAACGCCUGUCACGUGGUCGGGGUUCUGCGUUACCUGGGGAGAACCAACGCCCCGCUGCCCCCCGAGCUGCUGUCCUUCGCCCGGGGGGUCCAUGCGGCUCGGGAGGACCAGAAGACCGACAGGCCUCUCUGCAGCUACCUCAAGAGCUUUGGAGUCUGCAGAGACGGCGCCGUGUGUCCCGACCGACACCGAUUCCUCCCCCAGCUGGACCGCUCGGUGCUCCCCGCCUCCGGAGUCAUAGAAGUCGUGCCCCUCCACGUCAAGACGGCGUCGGUGUUCUGGGGCCGCCUCGUCCAGAAGGAGGAGGAGGAGGAGGGAGGAGGAGGCUUCCGGCGCAUGGCGUCCGAGAUGGAGGCUCACUACGCCAACGGGAAACCCGGAGCCGGGGAGGUGCUGCAGGGAGGCUUCUACGCCGUGCAAGAGGACGAGGUCUUCCACAGGGUGAAGAUCCUGUCCGUCCCAGACAGACGUGGCCGGCUGUUCUUCAGCGUCUUGGUCCGCUUCAUCGACGUGGGGAAGGAGGACGAGGUGAAAUCCCAUCAGCUCCUCCAGCUCCCGGAGCGGUUCCACGCGCUGCCCGGCCAGGCCGUGGAGGUCAUCGUGUGCCGGGUCAAACCGGUCGACGGCGAGACCGACUGGCACCCCAAGGUCACCAGAGCGAUCAACCGGAGGAUCCGAGGCCUGCAGCACCGAGCCAGAGCGGUGUUCAGUCUGGGGAACACGGUGUUCGUGGAUCCCAUGGUUUGCGUGACGCAGCUUCCAGGUAUGAAAACUGUGAUCAAUGAGUACAGCGUGCAGUCAGAGAUCCUGAACACGGGGAUGGGCGUCACCAACCAGCAGCACCUGGACCUGCUGAGGGCGCUCUGCCAGGAGGACGAGGCGGGUCACAUCUCCGAGUCGGGGGGUGGCCCGCCGUCUCUGGAGGUCCGGAUCAAAGCCGAGGUGGAGGUUCUGGCCGAAGCCGUCAGAGCCGCCGAGGUCAGCUGGCUCGCUGACCUUCCGCCCCUCGAGCCGUGCGAGCCGCUCGGUCCGGUGGCGCCAACGGUCCGGUCUCCCCUGCAGGCCAGCCAGGCUGAUCUGGAGUCAGCUGAGCAGCUCGUGAGUUUCCACCCUCUGGCCCGAUGGUACCAGACGCCCGACUCCGCCAUCGUCACGGUGAAGCUGAGGAACCCGGAGAGCCAGCGCUGUGAUUUCUACGCCGACAGAGUCGUUUACAGUGGCAGAGCGAACGGUCGGACCUACAGAGCCGACCUGCUGCUUCACGGCGACAUCGCCGCCGACUGCUGCUGCUGGGAGAUGAAGUCCAAUGAGCCGGUCCUCAAACUGGUCAAACAACCACAGGGAUACUGGGAGAGACUCCUCAGGACCAAGAAUAUUUUCGUGAGUUACGACACGGAUCACAUCGACGAGGACGAGGACCGAUCCCCGAGCGAACUGCACUUUGUGGAGGACACGGGGAAGGACAACCGCUACGUGAACUCGGAGAGCGGCAGCGAGAGCGACUGAAGAUGGAAUCGAACGCGUGACGCUGCUCUCGUUAUAUAAUAAUAUCUACAAAUAUUUCUUUUCCAUAAAUAAAGCCAUAAAUAAAUAGAUAACGUUUGUUACAGACCUAUUUAAAAAGAAAAAAGGACAAAUGUGAGAUAAACAAGGCUUUUAAUUUCUGUUAAAAGAUUAAACGUUAUUUUCCUUUUUUUGGUACUGUCUCUAAUAAGCUUAAUUUGAUACGCCUCUCCAGAAGUUAGUUAAAUGAACAGUGUGAGGUCGGUUUAAAACAACAACAACAUGUAGAGUGCUUUUAAAUGAACUAACCUCAGAACAGGAACAUAUCUUACUUUAUAAUUUAGAUAUCACUAAAUAUUGUUU